UGGAAGACAUGCCCACUAGGAAUGUCGAUUAUUAAGUUGUGUCGGCAGCACUUGCAGCUCGACUAGGAUGCAUGCUUGGCAUUGCCUUCAAACAGUUUAUUUUGUAUGCUAUGUUGAGCUUGCACGUUAGAUGCUCCUUCAAACUGAGCAGUGAGCAGUGUAUAAACGCAUCUAAUGACGUCUUGUCGAGCAAGGACCAACUCGACACUCAGACGAAGCGGUAUGAACGACUGUGUGGCUUGUCAAUUGACAUGCAUUAGAUUUAUAGCCGGCCCCUGCAGUUCCCGUUUCACGAAGACUAAAAAGUACGUUCAUAUGUUAUUCACUUGGCAUAUCAACUCCAUAACGCCUGUGUCUAUUUCUCAAAUAGUAGCGUCCUAUGUCUUGUUUUGUCAACAACAGCACCAAAACGAAAGCAGAAACAGGACUUACCAACGUGUCGCUAUGUGCAAGGUAUUCUGUUCUCUUACUGGGACGAUCAUAGCGGCCUUUAUUACCGUUCAUUGCAUAUUACGAGGCACAAAAGAUGGGUCAUCGGGUGAAAACUGAAUACAAAGUCAUCUGUCUCUACUCACAAGUGUCGCAGUCCAAUGUACUACAUCAGUAGCGAUUGCAUACAUGCGCUGGCGGACAUAGAUGCUGACAACGCUAUAAUAUCAGCGAGGAAGAAGAAACGUUUGUGCGAGGUAGUAUGAUUUCCCGAGAUGUUCGAUUUGGAUGGUACGAAAUG